AAAUCGGGCGCGUCCUGUUUUCUUUUAGCGGGAUAAAUUAACUUCUUAUUCCUUUAUUUAAUACAUAAAGUUGUUAUAUCAGACUUUAUUCUGCAUGGAAGUGAUCAGACAUGUCGCUUCACAUAGAAACAGACUUGCCGACUAGCUUGGCACCUCUCAAAAAUGUUGAGACUCUUCUGCGAUGUCCCAUUUGCUUUGAUUUUUUAAAUAUUACAAUGAUGACAAAAUGCUCUCACAACUUUUGUUCAUUGUGCAUCAGAAAAUUUCUUUCAUACAAAUUGCAGUGUCCAGUUUGCAACAGGGAAACAAUAGAACAAGAUUUGAGAAACAACCGUUUAUUGGAUGAUUUGGUCUCAAGCUUUCAGGCUGCAAGGCAGCAGUUGUCAAAAGCAAUGUUUGAGUCUCCUCCAAAGACGCCCAGUAUUCCAGCUGUGUCUGUCAGAUGCAAAACUCCCAGAGAGAAGACCCCAAAGAGCAACAGCGCCGUUUUAAGCCAGUUUUUCCAAAAGAAGCCCAAAGCAUUUCCUAUAGAAUCCAAGCAAGAUGGUCCCGUCACUCAAUUUAUCAAGGAAGAGCCAAUGGAUGUGGAGCUGCCCUCUGUCUCAGGCCCAGUAGCAGUUAAACAAGAAGAAAUACACCUAACAUCCGUUCACAUGGGAGAUGAAUCAUCUCAUUCUUCAUCUCCAUCUAACGAUGUGAAACCUGUAAUCAAAGUGGACUGUCCUGUGUGCUCUGUAAGUGUGGCACAGAAUUUCAUCAACAAGCAUCUGGACAUGUGUCUGUCUAGUGGAGAGAAGAAGGAGAGCUUAAGAAGUUCUCUUGGGAAGUCGAGGCGUCCAAUGGCAAAGCUAGUAUACAACCUGCUCUCUAUGCAGGAGCUGAAGAGGCGCCUCAAAGACUGCCAACUGUCAGUGCAGGGGACGCGAGAGCAGCUCAUCAAGAAACACCAGGAGUUUAUCCACAUCUACAAUGCACAGUGUGACUCUCUUAACCCUAAAUCAGUGGAAGACAUUGCCAAAGAAGUGGAGGCCAAUGAGAAGAUGAGGACUAAACUGAAGGAGAAAGCCCAGCCAGUUUUGGUUUUCUCCAAGGACCUGUCUGAAAAAGAUAUUGAUGACAUGCAUUCAAGUUAUAGGAAGCAGCACAGCGGGGACUUCACUCGUCUGAUUGCUCAGGUCCGAGGACGCCUGCAUGCAACCAGGCCAGCAGAGGUCACUGCAGGGCGAAAGGAGGCGCACACGCCCACCCAAGACUCAAAGGGAACCAUUACGAUCGACGCAGGAGACAGUGCUUCUGAUGAGGAGCUGUGUUCUAGGUGUGUUCUCCUGUCGUCAAGUCCCACAAGCAGUGAAGUGUCCGUCAGCAGUUCCAUCUCUGACAUCUUUGGUCCUGAGCCACCGCGAAAACCUGAGGCUGUGGAGACAACACCGUCCAAAAUGGGAAAACGUCUCCGUAAAAGUCAACGCGGAAAGACAUUGGAGACAUAAUCAGUGCUCACCCAAAUAUGAGGCUUCAUGUAGCACUGUCAAAGUAUGGACAUUUGCACAGUCCUAUCUCAUUUCAAUGGCUUCUAAUAAAGUCGUCAAGGAGUUAAGGAGUUGAGUUUGUGCCAAAUAAUGUCUCAAGCACUGUUACAAGCUGCUUAUGAUUUAGGAAAUCUCAAUAUUUUGAAGACUUGAGAAGUACUUCUCAAAAUGAUCUUGUUCGAACAGCUGUCAAUGC